AAAAUAUAUAUUUUACAUUCGCUACGAUCACAAUAGAGAAAGAUACAUAUUAAAAUAUUAUUUCUACUAGUAGAGUAGAGAGAGAGAGAGAAGUAAGGGGAGGUGAUGAACUAGUGUACUCGAUGCUCAUCUGAUUGCAUGAAAUUAUGAACUACAUACCAGCACAGAAAAUAUACCAGUCAUCUUGACGUCAAAACGUUUACCCAUACACGUUCACGUACGUGUAUAUAAAUAUAUACAUAGGACAUAUGUAGAUACAUAUAAUUGCAAGGAGUCCAGACACUCGUAAGACAUGUCUAAUUAUAUCGGACGGCCAUGCACGCAGUGCGCACAGCGUGCCAGUACGGUUUACAAUGUAUGCACAAAAUUAAGUAGAAACUUGCAUGCUAUACACACGAAAGUAAGACAACGGAAGGUGAGUACGUUACAAUCACCAUUACCAAUAUACCCUCUACGCCUCCAAUUGAACGAGGCUAAGACCUGGUGCGACAGUGGCGAGUGGGAGCUAGGGGUUUUAGGUCAGAGGCUACUGAGAAAAACGGAUCAUUUGACCGUCAAAACAUCUAGCAGCUGCCGGACUUUUAUGUAUACAGAAGCAGGUACCCGACCUCUACUCAACGACACCCAGGAGUUUGAGAUUAAAUCAGUGGAAACAAGCAACUUUGUUCAACGGAUAUGUCAGAAGUGAGUAAAGCAACAAAGCAAAGAUCUAUAUCGUUGACCACUCAAUUGAGUUUGCUUUAGAUCAAUUGUGGUCCACAGGACCAAUUAUUUCUCACGUCUUUAUAUGCGAUUCGAAGCCUGUUAGUGCAGCUUCGAUAUAGAAUCGAGUACUUGAGAUCAAGGAUCCUUUUGUAUGUGGUGAUGAUAGUGUUCAGUGAGCAUACUAUCGAGUCAAGACCAAUAAUCGUAAAUGCACUGGACAAUGGUAUUACUAUUAAAGCAGUGAUCCAUAGCCAAGUCUAGAUAUAUGUAGUAAUUUAUUAAGAUAUAAACAUCCCAUACUUUCCAAUAGCUCGCCGAUGACAGACCGGUCUGACUCACUGUAUUUUACAGCGCCCGUCGCAGAUAUAGGCAGCCUGGAUAAACUGCCAGGAUGGGAAAAUCUGAUAGUGAGCGAUAUACCACCGGACAGUACGCUGGGCGAGACACUGAGUGCGCCUACUAUGUCUUGCUGGAUAGGCGAACCAGGGGUGGUGACACAGGCCCACUACGAUGUGGCCAAUAAUAUAUUCGUUCAGUUGCAUGGACAAAAAGAAAUAACGUUUUAUCACCCGAAUCAGGCUCCCAAUUUAUAUGUAUUUCCAGAUGCACAUCCGCGGUCGCGAAAGUCCCAGGUGGACUUUGAUCAACCCAACCUCUUGCAAUUUCCCGGUUUUGCGAGUGCAGAGAAAUGGCAAACCGUCAUUUUAAAUCCAGGUGAUGCGGUGUACAUACCAUCCUUCUGGUUUCAUCACGUCGAAGCCUUGACAACUUCGGUGUCUGUGAACUGCUUUUCAGAAUCGAUCCUGAAAUUCUACGCUGCGAGUAUAUUCAACCACAAGAUUGAUAAGCUGGCCGCCGUCCGGACACAUAAGAAUGUCAAAAGAAAGAAAGAAUUGGUCGUAGACUUUGUAGCACAGCUAAUAGCAGGCUUGGGACUUCGCAAGGACUUUGUACAGCAGUUAUACCACAGUCGCUACUCACCGCUAGACAUCUCAGCAGCUGCCACGAAGUCUGAAAGUUUCUGUCAAAGGUCGCAAAAGGAGCCAGUAUUUGCUGGAAUCGAAUUAAAUAAAAGAGUGCUGAGUCAGGAGUGCAACGAUGCGUGGAAUCUGGAAUUGGCACCGCUAUAUACUAUCUUCGAUAAAAUUCGAGGACCCGAUAAACAGGCCGAUAAAGAUACUUCUUAUUCUUCCGGAGUGGUGGAAAUUGUAGCCAGCCACUUGGUAGAGUUUUGGGUAGUACGUCUGUUUGGGUCGAAGAAUGCGGGGCCAGUGCUGCGCCAAUUGUCUGAAGACGAAUUCUAAAAUCCGACUUCAAGUACAUACAUUCGAAUACCACAGUACUUGCCCAAAAUGCGUCUCGGGCGAUGUAUGGAAGUUAUGCAUUCUAUACGGUGGACGUGAAGAGAUUCACCUCCAUUUCCAUCUACCCGGGAGUUGGUCGUCAUGAAUUUUAACCACGCACGUGAAUCCAGAUUCAUCACAAUUGGCAGAAUUUUCCCUCAUAUGUAGAGCAAUAAGAAUCACUUCUUCGUGAUUUAUGAUGAUAUGUGCUAAACAAGUCACCAUGAAGUAGAAUGCGAAGUAGGUUUCGCUUCCGAGGUUGUCCUAUGGUAUAUAGGCCUGUGGAGCACUACGUGGAGCACGUUGAGCGCCGCGGAGCACGUAGUAGCGGACAUCGCAAAUACAUCGCAAUUAGGUCCAGAAGCAUCUCGAAGGGCAUUUAGACUAGAUUACUAGACACUGAAUGUUGGCUUCAACCUGUUAGAGUUGAAGAGAUGACCAAAAUAAAUAAUUUUUCAU